UUUUCACAGCGGCGGGCCUCAGACCCCAGCGCGGACGCGGACUUUGUCUUUGGGGGCCCCUGCUCUGCCCUUCCUGGUUUCCGGCAAGAUCGCAGAGGAGCCGGCGUGCCUCUCUGCCCUCCAGCCUUCCUCACCAUGUCCAAGAUGCCGGCCAAGAAGAAGAGCUGCUUCCAGAUCACUAGUGUCACCACGGCCCAGGUGGCCACUAGCAUCACCGAGGACACCGAGAGCCUGGACGACCCGGACGAGUCACGUACGGAGGACGUCUCCUCCGAGAUAUUCGACGUCUCUCGGGCCACGGAUUAUGGCCCUGAGGAGGUCUGUGAGCGCAGCUCCUCGGAAGAGACGCUCAACAAUGUUGGGGAUGCGGAGACUCCCGGGACCGUCUCCCCAAACCUCCUCCUGGACGGGCAGCUGGCGGCCGCGGCGGCUGCUCCCGCCAACGGAGGAGGAGCCGUUUCGGCCCGGAGCGUGGCUGGGGCGCUGGCCAGUACCGCGGCGGCGGCGGCUGCCACCUCGGCCCCCUCCGCGGGAGCACCCGGCGGUCCCCCGGUCGCGGGCUCGUCUGCCGGGCCAGGGACUGCGGCCCCAUCGCAGCCCCCCACCACUUGUAGUUCCCGAUUUCGCGUGAUCAAGCUGGACCACGGGAGCGGGGAGCCCUACCGACGCGGCCGAUGGACGUGUAUGGAAUACUAUGAGCGGGAUUCGGACAGCAGCGUCCUGACCAGGUCCGGGGAUUGCAUUAGACACAGCAGUACUUUUGACCAGACUGCGGAGCGGGACAGCGGCCUGGGCGCCACCGGAGGGUCGGUGGUGGUGGUGGUGGCCUCCAUGCCGGGGGCGCACGGGCCCGACUCGGGAACUGACAGUUCCUUGACUGCUGUGUCACAGCUACCCCCGUCGGAGAAAAUGAGCCAGCCCGCCCCGGCCCAGCCGCAGAGUUUUGGCGUUGGGCAGCCACAGCCACCGCCGCCCGUAGGUGGGGCUGUGGUUCAAAGCGCGGCUCCAGUGCCGCCGUUCCCGGGAGCCGCGGCCGGGCCGCAGCAGAUGAUGGCAGCCCCGCAGCCCAGCCAGCCCCAGGGAGCCGGCCCCGGCGUCCUCCCGCAGGGGCCCAACGGACAGGGUCUGCCGCUGACGAAUGUAACCCUGACGCAGCCCGGCGUGCCCUUGCCGCCGCAGCCCGGCCCGACCCUCGGAGCGCCAGCGACGCAGCAGCCUCCGCAGUUCGCGUACCCCCAGCCUCCGCUCCCGCCCGGGCAUUUGCUGCCCGUCCAGCCCACGGGGCAGAGUGAGUACCUACAGCCGCACGUGGCCGGCCUGCAGCCGCCAAGCCCUGCUCAGCCCUCGUCCACCGGCGCCGGAGCGAGCCUCGCCACGCCUGCCAGCCUGCCGGUGGGCACCGGCCAGAAUGCCUCCACGGUGGGUGCGCAGAUAAUAGGCGCGUCUUCCCUGCCCGGUGAAGCCGUGGCUCCGGGGCCGGGACCCGCGCAGGGCGGGCAGGCCGCGCCUGGUCAACCGGCUGGAGUGCCCCUGGCCGCUGUAGGAUGCGCGGUGCAGCCGGGCCUGGUUCCCCCUGGGACCGGGCAGCCCCAGUCCGUGCCUCCGCCGCAGAUGGGCGGCAGUGGUGCGCCGUCGGCCGUGCCUGGCGGCCCCCACGCCGUGCUGCCCGGAGUUCCAAACGUGCCUGCAGCCGUGCCCGCUCCAAGCGUGCCUAGUGUGUCUACCACCUCUGUUACUAUGCCAAAUGUACCCGCGCCUCUGGUCCAGUCGCAGCAGCUGAGCAGCCAUACGCCAGUCAGCAGGAGCGGCAGCGUAAUCCAGCAUGUUGGGCUGCCCUUAGCGCAAGGCACACCCAGUGUACCAACAAGUCUACCACAGUCUGACUUAAGCCAGUUUCAGACUCAGACCCAACCUUUAGUCGGGCAAGUUGACGAUACUAGAAGAAAAUCAGAACCCCUACCUCAACCACCACUUUCUCUCAUUGCUGAAAAUAAGCCUGUUGUGAAGCCUCCUGUUGCAGAUGCCCUGGCAAACCCCCUUCAGUUAACACCUAUGAACAGUUUGGCCACCUCUGUAUUCAGCAUAGCUAUUCCUGUUGAUGGUGAUGAAGACAGGAAUCCUUCAACUGCUUUCUACCAAGCGUUCCAUUUGAACACGUUUCAGGAAUCAAAGAACCUCUGGGAUAGUGCAUCUGGGGGAGGUGGUGUAGCCAUUGACAACAAAAUAGAACAAGCAAUGGAUCUGGUGAAAAGCCAUUUGAUGUAUGCAGUAAGAGAAGAAGUGGAAGUUCUAAAGGAACAAAUAAAAGAAUUAGUUGAAAGAAACUCUUUACUUGAACGAGAAAAUGCACUGUUAAAAUCUCUUUCAAACAAUGAUCAAUUAUCCCAACUCCCAGCCCAACAGGCCAAUCCUGGUAGCACUUCUCAACAACAAGCAGUGAUAGCACAGCCUCCGCAGCCAACGCAACCUCCACAGCAGCCGAAUGUCUCCUCAGCAUAAAGCUUUCUUGCCUCAUUAAGAAAAAAACUGAAAGCAAUCUAUCCUUGUGUGCCACUGGUAUUCUUUCCACUUUAUACGAAAGCAAGUAGCCAUGCUUCGGUUGUGUGUUUGGCCUUUUCAGUAUUAGACAAUCAUUCUACAGGAGCUUUUCCUCUCUUUGAGAUGUCAUGCAGCGCUGUUGAUGUCCAGUUUUAUGUCAUCAGUACACAAGGAGAAUAAUAGGUGGGGUUUAUUAAAGCAAGCCGAGUCUGCAUUUUACCUGGUGCGCAUGAGUGGGGUCUUUUCAGAGCUUUGGUGGCUCUCCCAUGUUUCCUAUUACCCGUGGAUUUACCCUGAGCCUUCCUCGCACAUUAUAAAUAACAGUUCAUCUAAAGAGCCACUUUUCUUUCAAUAUCAGUAACAUUUGCCUACGUAAGUUUUCAUUUAUUUGUGUUUUAUUUAUUACAGGGCUGCUAUUUUCAUAAUGUACAUGAACAAUGUCACAGAACUUUUUUAAUUUUUUUGAAUAAUUAUAAGUAUCAGUAAAGGAUUUGAAAGACAGGAUUGCAUUUAAUAGAUAAAAUGUUUAGGCAAUAAUUGAACAAAAGAAUCCUGGCAUAUUUCUAACACUAAUGGCAAUUUACCUUCGGUAUUUAUUUUCAGUAGUAAAGACCCAGCUUGAAUGUAAAUUUUGUAUAGUGUAAGUAUGAAGAACAUAGUGCAACUGUACAGGUAGUCACCAGUUAUUGUGAUAUAAUAAAUAAUUGGGCUAUUUUGAUGAAGAAAACUUUGUUCAUUUGUUUCUACUUUCUAAUAGAGAAAUUGCCACGAUUCCUCUGCUUUUUGACAUUUCGUAUGACUUUCUUUUUUCGGGUGGGAAUAAAAAGCUGUGAAAUUGUUCAACCUACUUUGUAACCAAAGAAGCAAAGCUGUGUAAUGGAGUUUUUUUUUAUAAUGCACAUUCUUUAUGUAUUUUUAUUUAGUGUUUUCUCGGUCACAAUUUUCUUUGCUGUCUAGCAUGAUCUGCAUGACCUAUAAUCUUUGAACCACUUUCGUACCUCAUGUUUUUAUCCAGCACUCUUAUUGUAAUAUGUACUAGUCUGUGAACAAUGUCAAAUAAAAGAACGAACAGGUAGUAUGGUGGAGCUGAGCUAGUGUCCCAUACACUAGUUGUGUAAAAAAAAAAAAAAAAAAAAAAAAAAAUGAAGUGAGCCAUCUUUUGUUCAUUUAAAAUGGUGUUUUGAAUUUCGUAUGCAGAAAACGUUUUGUUACAUUGCAGAUUUUAAUGUAUUUAAUAAAUGCAACAUGCAGAUUAAGUGCAGUGUAUACUGAGUAUUUAAAUUAAAAUGUACAUUUCAUAAAUACAGUUUCAAGAGAAAGCAUCAUUUUGUGUAUACUAACACAUUAAGUGUAUGUCAGAAAUUGAUGUAUAAAUAUAUAUUUUAACACAUUUUCUGAAAUUAAACUGCAGUUUUGUUGAAAUAUUUGGCUCUAUAUGUGUUCAAAAUUUAAUUUGAUUAGAUUUGUAUUUUCACAGUUCAAGAUAUUCCUUAAAUGAAAACCUGUGUUCUUAAUGAUUUAAUGAUAGUUCUUAAAUUUUCAAAGUAAAAUAAUUUAAAGAAUGCAAGAAUGGUGAGCAAUAUUUGUACUCAAGAUUCAUAUUAUGUCAGUGACCUUUAAGUAAGAAAUCCUUGUCUACCAAAACUUUUACUUGAAUUCAGAAAGGUGCCUGUAGAAAACUUAACAUGCUGUGUGUCUAUAGCCAGCUAGCUAAUCAGGAGUUAAUGGGAACCAAUAGUUAGCUCUCUGCGUUGUUAAAAGAGAAUAAAUAACUGUUCUUUGUCUAUUUAAAAUUAAAACUUCAUCAGAUUUAGCCACAAAGGAAAUGCAUAAAAUUGGGGUGUAUGUAGGAUUACCAAAUAUUUUAUGUUCUAGUUGUGCUGGAGGAUACAUUGUUGAAUAUAAACAAAAUUUUAAUGUUAAUGAAUAACAUGAGAAAAAACUAAGGAACUAAGGACAUAAGCUUGAGAAGUAAUCCUGUAGGUGUGGAACAAGAUUCUAAGUAGAGUCACCACCAGUGCGUUAGGAAAUGAAACUUCCGUGUUGGAAUGUAAAUCACAAGGCUCACCAGGUGUGCUCCUCAAGUCCAAAAAAAGUGUGAUAUUUAAAACUGGCAGAGAAAAACUAGUAUUAGAAAAGGUUGAGAUUUUUGUGAAAAUACAAAUUUUGGUUCUUGGGAUAGAAAAACUUCAUAAAGUAAUAGUCACAAAGGAAAUGAUUGAUAAUGUUAAUUUAAAAUGGUAAUUAAAAGCAAUUAUUACUAUUUUUGCAUUUAAAAAAAAAAACACCACAGUAGAAAAUAUGGGUAGUUCACAGAAGAAAUAAAUGGCAGUUUCUAAAGUUUCAGCCUCUAGUAACCUAAGAAAUGCAAAUUAAUAUUUAAUGAAUUGUUAUUUGUCUUUUAAAUAGCAGGACCUAAUGUAGAAAGGCAAACUUUCCUGUGUACUUCUAGAAAGUAAUUUGACAAUAUGUAUCAAGAGCCUUAAAUAUUAAUAAACUUUUCAGUUUAAUGACAUAAGAUAA